AUGUUGGUCUCAUUUUGGAUCCACUUCAGUUUUAUUUCUGCAAAGUUCACGCCAACAUCAACUAUAAAAGCACAAGUUUAGUGAUUAUUUUAUGGGGUACUGGUGUGUGCACAGUCCUCAGAACUUGUGAGAGAAUAACGUUUUAGAAAAAUAAUUCUACAGGAAUUAAUUCUAGAGGAGUGGCAAGAAAAUCUCCACAUUAUGCAUAAAGCAAAAAUUUGCGCAAUCUUCCUUCUGGCGGUGGUUCACAUUGAUGCCGCGGACGAUAAAUGGUCGUGGUCGAAGAGCAAUCCAAAUGUCGAUAGUGAACUAAUAGACCGCGCAGACUACCAAGGGGGAACUGCACGAAUUCGUGUUCCAACCAAUUCACGCCCAUACCAAAUUGAAGAAGACCGAAUAGAGCCAACUACACCACGACCUAAUGGUUCACCUAAUUCCCAAAAGGAUGAAUUCUACAAUGAAUUUGGGAAUCCACAAGGUCAGCGCUUCAAUGGAUUUGGGCUUCAAGGAGGGCAAUUUCCACCAAACUACAAUGGCUUUAUCGGUGGUCAAGGUGGUCCAGGAGGCCCAGGAGGCCCAGGAGGCCCAGGAGGUCCAGGAGGUGGUUUUGGAGGUCCUGGAGGACCAAAUAGCGUGAGUGGCACAGCACCCAAUCGUUUCCCAGGGGGUGGCUUUGGACCUGGCGGUGGAAAUGGUGGAUUCCCUGGAUUUGGAGGCUAUGGUGGUGGCUUUGGAGGACCCGGUGGAUAUUUCGGCCCAAAUAAGGGAAGUGCUGCCAAUGGGAUUCUCGUUGGGCCAGGCGGCCCUACUGGCAUCAUCGGACGACCCCCACCGUACAAUCGUCCAGGCGGCUAUGGCGGUGGAUUUGGGUAUGGUGGUGGUGUUGGAGGUUUCCCCGGUGGGCCAGGCGGUGGAUUUGGACCUGGUGGUGGCUUUGGACCAGGUGGUGGUAUUCCCCCUGGUGCUGGUGGAUUCUUCCCACCAGGAGGUGGUCUGGGAAAUGGACCAUUUGGUGGUUUUGCUGGCGCCCGUCCAGGAAAUGGAAUUGGUGGUGGCUUCGGAGGUGGACCCUUCAAUAGACCACAGUUUGAUGAUUUUCGAUCUGGUGCGCCCAGUGAGCAGACAAGGAAGGUGGAGAAAAAGUCCACGAAUUAAGUGCCUGUGAUUCCAAAUUGUCGAUACUCACAUUCAACCAAAAAAAAAACAACAUUGUACAACAUUUUCCAAGCUUUUUUGCCAAAUGCUUCGAAAUACACCCAUUUUCACCAAA